AUGUCAGAGGCGAUUACUGGAGUAAUCGCAGAGACGUGGAACAUGGAGACCACAUUAGGCGAGACGUUCGUCGACAUCUUUAUUCCAUUGUCGGCGGCUCUAGGCAUAGCAUUCGCUCUCUACCAAUGGGGCGUCGUAAGCAGGGUGAAGAUAACAGCGCCGCUGAGCGUGUAUGGCUUGGAGGAUGGACAAGCGGAUAACGUGGAUCAGCAGAUCGCGGAGAUUCAAUAUGCCAUUUCAACAGGAGCGACGUCGUUCCUAACAACGGAGUACAAGUACCUUGCGGCAUUCAUGGCGUUCUUCAGCGUCCUCGUCUUCCUCUUCCUCGGCUCCGUCAACUCCUUCAGCACGUCCUGGCAGCCCUGCCCGGACAACCCCUCGCAGCUCUGCGCGCCCUCGCUCGCCAACGCAUUCUUCACCACCGUCGCGUUCAUUCUCGGCGCGCUCACCUCGACGCUCUCCGGAUACCUGGGGAUGAAGAUUGCCACAUACGCCAAUGCGCGCACGACAGUGGAGGCGCGGCGCGGAAUCGGCCCAGCCUUUGUCGUAGCAUUCCGCUCAGGCGCAGUGAUGGGCUUCCUGCUGGCAGCCAACGGGCUGAUCGUGCUGUUCAUCACCAUCGUGCUCUUCCGUCUCUACUACGGCAACGACUGGGCGUCGCUCUUUGAGACCAUCACGGGGUACGGGCUCGGCGGCUCCAGCGUCGCGCUCUUCGGGCGCGUGGGCGGGGGGAUCUACACGAAAGCGGCGGACGUGGGCGCGGAUUUGGUGGGGAAGGUGGAGCGGAACAUUCCGGAAGACGACCCGAGGAACCCAGCUGUCAUAGCGGACAACGUGGGCGACAACGUUGGUGACAUCGCCGGCAUGGGCUCGGACCUCUUCGGCUCGUUCGCCGAGUCCACGUGCGCAGCCCUCGUGAUCGCGUCCAUCUCGUCCCUGGGCCAGACGCACAACUUCACGGCCAUGUGCUUCCCUCUCCUCGUGUCCGCGCUGGGCAUCCUCGUGUGCCUCUUCACCACGCUCUUUGCCACCGACUGGUUCCACGUCACUGAGGCCCGCCACGUGGAGCCGCAGCUCAAGGCACAGCUGCUCAUCAGCACCGUGCUCAUGACGCCGCUCGUGCUGGGGCUGUGCUAUCUCGCACUGCCGUCGUCGUUCACCAUUGUGGUGGCGGGGGAGGAGGCGGACAAGACGGUGCAGAACUGGCAGAUCUUCUUCUGCGUGGCCUCGGGUCUGUGGGGCGGGCUGCUCAUUGGAUAUGUCACCGAGUAUUUCACCAGCCACGCCUACUCCCCUGUAAGAGAUGUGGCAGACUCAUGCCGCACGGGGGCAGCCACGAACAUCAUCUUCGGGCUAGCCCUGGGCUACAAGUCCGUCAUCAUUCCCGUCUUCGCCAUCGCAGUCGCCAUCUACAUCAGCUACGCCAUCGCCGCCAUGUACGGGGUCGCCCUGGCCGCCCUGGGCAUGCUCUCCACGCUCGCUACUGGGCUUGCUAUUGACGCGUAUGGGCCGAUCUCGGACAAUGCCGGGGGGAUUGCGGAGAUGGCUGGGCUUGGGGCGGACGUGAGGGAGCGGACUGAUGCGCUGGACUCUGCUGGGAACACAACUGCUGCCAUUGGCAAGGGCUUUGCCAUUGGGUCAGCAGCGCUGGUGUCACUGGCUCUGUUUGGAGCGUAUGUGAGCCGCGCAGAGGUCACCAACAUCCUCAUCACCAACCCGCAGACAUUUGUUGGCCUGCUAGUGGGUGCCAUGCUGCCGUACUGGUUCAGUGCCAUGACCAUGAAGAGCGUGGGCAAGGCGGCGCUAGCGAUGGUGGACGAGGUGCGGCGGCAGUUUGACACCAUCCCGGGCCUCAUGGAGGGCACCGCCCGCCCCGACUACCGCAAGUGCGUGCAGAUCUCCACCAAGGCCUCGCUCAAUGAGAUGCUGCCACCUGGCGCGCUCGUGCUCCUCGCACCGAUCAUCACCGGGGUUCUCUUCGGGACGGCAACGCUGGCAGGGCUCCUGGCAGGGGCGUUGGUGUCUGGGGUGCAGAUGGCGGUGUCGGCGAGUAACACGGGCGGCGCGUGGGACAACGCGAAGAAAUACAUCGAAGCGGGAAUGACAGAGCACGCGCAGUCGCUGGGGCCCAAGGGGUCAGAAGCGCACAAGGCAGCGGUGAUCGGGGAUACUGUGGGUGAUCCGCUCAAGGAUACAUCCGGGCCGUCACUGAACAUUCUUAUCAAGCUGAUGGCCGUUGAAUCGCUGGGGUCGGAGGCGCACAAGGCAGCGGUGAUCGGGGAUACUGUGGGGGACUUGCUCAAGGAUACAUCCGGGCCGUCGCUGAAUAUUCUCAUCAAGCUGAUGGCUGUUGAGUCGCUGGUGCUGGCGCCUUUCUUUGUGGCGCACGGCGGGCUCAUUUGGGGCAAGUCCAAGUGA